AUGAGCUCCGGCAUGUUUCCUGUUGGCCGCUGUAAACGCCCAUUAAACCAGUCCUCGCGGGAACUUGACAGAUCAGAACCUGUCAGAUCAGAACCUGUCAGAUCAGAACCUGUCAGACCAGAACUUGACAGACUAGAACCUGACAGACCAGAACUUGACCGACUAGAACCUGACAUACCAGAACUUGACAGACUAGAACCUGACAGACCAGAACUUGACAGACUAGAACCUGACAUACCAGAACUUGACAGACUAGAACCAACCCUGUCAGGACCAGAACUUGACAGACUAGAACCUGACAUACCAGAACUUGACAGACUAGAACCUGUCAGACCAGAACUUGACAGACUAGAACCUGACAUACCAGAACUUGACAGACUAGAACCUGUCAGACCAGAACUUGACAGACUAGAACCUGACAGACCAGAACUUGACAGACUAGAACCUGACAUACCAGAACUUGACAGACUAGAACCUGACAGACCAGAACUUGACAGACUAGAACCUGACAGACCAGACCUUAACACAGAACAGAACUUAAAAGAACAGAACUUAACACAGAAUAGAACUUAA